CUAGAAUAGAAAACCUGCUUGAAGAGGCCAUUCUUGCUUUUCAGAUGACUUUAACAAAAUGAACUUCAGUACAUUUAAUUAUUUGGUGAUGAAACAUAUUGCUUCUGAGAACAACUCAGACAAUACGACCAGCAAUGCUUCCUACAGCAACACAAUGACUCUGGCAUGCAACAAAAUCAUUAUUCCCCAUGAACUCUUUUUGACUAUUGGGCUUCUGAGUCUCCUGGAGAACAUUUUGGUGGUGUUAGCCAUUGUUAAAAACAGGAACCUGCAUUCUCCAAUGUACUAUUUUAUCUGUUGCCUUGCCGUAUCGGACAUGCUGGUGAGCGUCAGCAAUGUGGUGGAAACCAUGUUCAUGCUACUGAUUGAUCAAGGGGUCCUGGUGGUCGCUUUCAACAUCAUCCGGAACAUGGACAACAUCAUUGACAUGAUGAUCUGCAGCUCUGUGGUGUCCUCGCUCUCCUUCCUGGGCACUAUCACAGCAGACCGCUACAUCACAAUUUUCUACGCCUUGCGGUACCACAGCAUCAUGACCACUCAACGGGCUGUUGCCAUCAUUAUUGCCAUCUGGGUGGCCAGCACCCUCUCCAGCACACUUUUUAUCACCUACUACAAGAACAACGCCGUGCUCAUCUGCCUCAUCACCUUUUUCUUGUUCAUGCUCAUCUUGAUGGCGACCAUGUACCUCCACAUGUUCACCCUCGCCCACCUCCAUGCCAAGCGCAUCACUACAUUCUACAAGAACCGACGCCAAAACCAGGCCACUAGCAUGAAGGGGGCAGUCACCCUGCUCAUUUUGCUGGGAGUAUUCCUCAUAUGCUGGGGUCCCUUCUUCCUCCACCUAACCCUGAUUGUCACCUGUCCCAAGAACCCACACUGCCUCUGCUUUUUCAACCACUUCAACCUGUUUCUAAUACUGAUCAUCUGCAACUCGUUUAUAGACCCCAUUAUCUAUGCCUUCAGAAGUCAAGAACUCCGAAAGACGCUUAAGGAGUUGCUACUUUGCUUCUGGUAG